CUCGCGAUCAAAAUAAGAUGGACCAUGUUGCUAUCUCUAGACUUGAACAACUGUGUCCAUUUCCUUAUGACUUAUUAUCUAAACACGUUGUCAAAUAUCCGAAUGCCGAACUUGUGUGGGCGCAAGAGGAGCCAUUAAAUUCGGGUGCGUGGACCUAUGUAGCUCCGAGAAUUAGAACACUUAUGAAUAAUACUAAACAUGAAGGAAAAGCCGCUAAGCCUGCUACUCGUUUACCAACGGCAUCACCCGCGACGGGUAACAAGAAACAGCACAUUCAACAGGAGCAUAACUUGUUAUCACAAGCACUAUUGGGGCAGAUUAUUAAACCUAGUGAUGUGGUUGGUGGUGUACCGAUCUGGACAUGA